GCAGUGAAGAGGUAGUGAGCGGUGGUGCCGGAGGCUUCCGCGUCCGCUGUUGGGUUGGUGCUCCGCGUCAAGGGGAAGGGCGGGUUCUGUCAGGGGCCGUCCGUUACGGUGGGGAUGAACCUGUGAGGGGGCGCAAGCCGAAGCGAGUGGGGAAGGAGACCGGCCGCAGGCAGGCGGGCGGGCAGGCAGGCAGGCAAGAGAGGAGGAGGAGGAGGAGGUGGCGGCGGCGCGGAGCGAUGUCUCAGCCGCCUCAGCAACAUCCGCCUCAGCAGGAGCAGCAGCCGGUGGCAGCGCCGGUCUCGAAAAAGAGGGACCGGCGUAUCUUCUCGGGCACUUGCCCGGAUCCCAAGUGCCAGGCGCGCUUAUUCUUCCCGGCGCACGGGCCUCUGAGCAGCGGGAGCAUCGAGUGCACGGACUGCGGGCAGCGCCAUGAGCAGCGGCAAUUGCUGGGGGUGGAGGAGGUGACGGACCCGGACUUGGUGCUGCACAACUUACUGCGGAACGCGUUGCUGGGGGUGAGCGGGGCGGGCCCCCCGAGGAAGAACACGGAGCUGGUGAAAGUCAUGGGCCUCUCCAACUACCACUGCAAGCUGCUGUCUCCCAUUCUGGCCCGAUAUGGCAUGGACAGACAGACAGGCAAGGCCAAGCUCCUGACUGAGAUGAACCAGGGAGAUGUCUUUGACUGUGCUUUGCUUGGGGAUCGUGCCUUCCUUAUCGAGCCUGAGCAUGUCGACACUGUCGGUUAUGGCAAAGAUCGUUCAGGUAGCGUCCUCUACUUGCAUGACACCUUGGAGGACAUCAAGAAGGCCAAUAACAGCCAGGAGUGCCUCAUCCCAGUCCACGUGGAUGGUGAUGGCCAUUGCUUGGUCCAUGCAAUAUCCCGGGCGCUGGUGGGCAGGGAGCUGUUCUGGCAUGCAUUGCGGGAGAACCUCAAGAAGCACUUUAUGGAGAAUCUCAGCCACUACAAAGCCCUUUUCCAUGACUUCAUUGAUGCGGCAGAAUGGGAAGACAUAAUCAAUGAAUGUGAUCCUUUGUUCAUUCCCCCAGAGGGUGUGCCGAUGGGCCUUCGAAACAUCCACAUCUUUGGAUUGGCCAAUGUGCUACAUCGGCCCAUCAUCCUCUUGGAUUCCCUGAGUGGAAUGCGUAGUUCAGGAGACUAUUCUGCCACUUUCCUUCCUGGGUUAAUACCAGAAGAAAAAUGCAUGGGAAAAGAUGGCAUGUUGAACAAACCUAUUUGUAUUGCCUGGAGUAGUUCUGGACGCAACCAUUAUAUCCCCCUAGUUGGAAUAAAAGGUGCUGCUUUGCCUAAAUUGCCUAUGAAAUUACUUCCUAAAGCUUGGGGAGUACCUCAGGACCUUAUUAAAAAGUACAUCAGAUUGGAAGAGGAUGGUGGCUGUGUGAUAGGAGGAGACAGAAGUUUGCAAGACAAAUACCUGAUGAGGUUAGUUGCUGCCAUGGAGGAGGUUUUUAUGGACAAGCAUGGUAUUCAUCCCAGUUUAGUAUCUGAUGUACAUCAAUAUUUCUACAGACGGACUGGUGUAAUAGGAGUUCAGCCUGAAGAUGUCACGGCAGCUGCUAAAAAGGCAGUAGUGGACAACCGACUUCACAAGUGUCUAAUUUGUGGUGCCCUUUCAGAACUUCAUGUUCCUCCAGAGUGGUUGGCUCCAGGAGGGAAACUGUACAAUCUGGCAAAAAGUACCCAUGGCCAACUAAGGCCUGAUAAAAAUUAUAGUUUCCCCCUUAACAGUUUAGUCUGCUCUUAUAACUCUCUGAAGGAUGUACUUGUACCAGACUACAAUUUGAGUAGUUUGACUGCCUGUAAUUGGUGCCAUGGCACAUUGGUGCGUCGUGUCAGAAGUGAUGGCUCUGUUGUGUAUCUAGAUGGGGACAGAACUAAUACUAGAUCUACAGGUGGCAAGUGUGGUUGUGGAUUCAAGCAUUAUUGGGAAGGUAAAGAAUAUGACAAUCUCCCUGAAGCUUUCCCUAUUACUUUAGAGUGGGGUGGGAGAGUGGUGAGAGAAACAGUGUACUGGUUCCAGUAUGAAAGUGAUCCAUCACUGAACAGCAAUGUGUAUGAUGUUGCAAUGAAACUUGUCACUAAGCAUUUUCCUGGAGAAUUUGGUAGUGAGAUUCUUGUCCAGAAAGUUGUGAAUACAAUUUUGCAUCAAACAGCCAAAAAAAACCCUGAUGACUAUACGCCUGUAAACAUUGAUGGUGCUCAUGCCCGAAGAGCUGAUGAUGUGCAGCAAGGACAAGACUUGGAAUUCCAGCUUCCAACCAAAAUUAUUCUUACUGGGCAGAAAACAAAAACAUUGCACAAAGAAGAGCUGAACAUGAGUAAAACUGAAAGAACUAUUCAGCAAAACAUUGCAGAACAUGCACCUAUAAUGCAGAAACGAAAAACUGAAAAAUUGAAACAGAUGCAAAAAGGGCCAACUAGAACUGCUUCCCCUGGUGCUAUUCCUGAGGGGACUUCCUCAGCACCAGCUACCCCUACCAAGACUCCUUAUUCCCCAACGUCUACAAAAGAAAAGAAAAUACGCAUAACAACAAAUGAUGGCAGGCAGGCCAUGCUCACCUUGAAAUCCACAACCACAUUUCUAGAAUUGCAAGAAAGCAUAGCUAGAGAAUUUAAUAUUCCUCCUCAGUUGCAAUGUAUUCGCUUUGGCUUUCCUCCCAAAGAGCUUCUGCCACCCAAAGAAGGGCAGGAAAAUGAACCUGUUCCUUUGCUGCAUGGAGAUAAAGUAACUAUAGAGAUUCUCAAAGGGAAGGAGGAUAGUAGCCAGACUACUUCGUUGCACUCAGCCCAUGCUGUGAAACAUGAUGAUGUUGCAGUUACUAAUAAAAUCCCUUCCAAGGAACUCCAAGAGCAAAUUGACAAGGAAAUGUACUCUUUGUGUCUUCUAGCAACAUUUAUGGGUGAAGAUGUUUGGUCUUAUGCGAAGGGGCUUCCUCACUUGUUCCAACAGGGUGGUGUGUUCUACAAUAUAAUGAAGAAAACAAUGGGUUUGGCUGAUGGUGAACACUGCACAUUUCCACACUUGCCUGGUAAGACCUUUGUAUACAAUGCAGCAGAAGACAGAUUGGAACUUUGUGUGGAUCCUGCUGGGCAUUUCCCUGUGGGUUCUGAUGUUGAAGACUUGGUUAAGGAGGCACUAAGUCAAGUGCGGGCCGAGGCGUCUUCAAGAAGCAGGGAAGCAAGUCCUUCACACGGACUCCUAAAAUUAGGUAGUGGUGGCGUAGUUAAAAAGAAGUCAGAUCAACUUCACAAUAUAACUGCAUUUCAAGGAAAAGGCCAUUCUUUAGGCACUGCUGCUGGUAGUCAACAGCUUCAUCAAAGGGCUAGGGAAAUUCCACUUACAAGAAAGCAAAGCACAAGCACAGACUUCAGUCCCAGCUCUGCUAAAUCUGAGCCUUCUGUGUACACAGGCGAUUCUGGAAACAGUGAGCUUAUACGGAUAGCUCCUGGAGUAGGAACAAUGAGAGACAGCAGGCAGCUUGAUCCUAAUUUGAUUGAGGCACAGCGAAAAAAAUUGCAGGAAAUGGUUUCUUCAAUUCAGGCUUCAAUGGACAGACACCUGCGGGAUCAGAAUACUGAGCAAUUGGCGGCAAAUGAUUUCUCUCAAAGGAAAUUGGAGGCGGCAAGUUCAUCCAUUAAAACAAGGAGUCCUCAGACUGGUUUGUCUGAAUCAUUUACUUUGUCAAGUGGUAGUGGACAUUUGAAUGCAGAAACAACUGAUACUAACAUGUCAAAUGCAGUGGGAACAACAUUCCCCACGAGAUCAAAAGCGCAAAAAGGAAAUUCAGUAGAAGAGCCUGAAGAGAUGGAUAGUCAGGAUGCAGAAAUCACUAAUGCAACUGAGCCAAUGGAUCAUUCAUGAAUACAUAACAACAGAUAAAGAUCCAAGAGAUUACUGUGCAAAUGUCAUGUUUGUUGGCUGGGCCACAUAAAUUUAGUCCUUGAAUCUUGUAUGUUUCAAAGAUUAUAUCUUACUCAUUGCAUGAUAGCAAGUGUGUGAUAGACAAUAGCUUUUAAUAUGCCAUUCUGCUGCCCAGAUUAGCUCUCAGUUACCUGUAAAUUAGUUAUUAGGAUACACACUGAGAUGAAUAUCUGCUGUAGAGGUGGGUUAUUUUGGGGUGGGGUGGGGGGUAAUUUGAAUUCCAUUAAGUCUUAAUCUUCCAGACCAUGUGAAAUCAUUAAUUUUUUAAGAUUAAUAUGUGAAGAUAAAACCUGACAAAUAUAGUGUGUUUUGCCAAAUAUUGGUCCACUCAGAAUUACAGCAUAAAGAGACAUUCCCUUAUAUCUGAACACUUGCAUUCAUUUAGAUUUGUCAGGUUUCUCAAAAUACCCAAGUAUAUGUACCGAGAUCUCAUUAAAAAUGUAAACUUAAGGGAAUGAUGGGGAAAGCACUAUAUAGUAUAAGAUGAAGCUAAAGCAGGGUGAUGUAGUCAUGCAUGGCAGUCAAAGCCAGCACAGCUUUUUCAUUGCUCGAUUGGCAAGUGGUUGCAUGUUUUGUUUUGAGCUUGUAAGGUACCAUGGCGUACUUUUACAUUGCAAAGACAGUCAUACGCAAGUAUGUUAAGAAGCUACAGCAGACUAAUAAAUUGGUUUUGUGCAGGAAGAUUUUGAUAAGUAGUUGUUGGUUGUCUGUGCUGGCUGUUAACUUUUUCUGAGCAUGUUGGAUUAAUGGAAUUUAACAGAAGUUUCAUCAGAGGUUUUUCAGUGGCACAGUAAAAGCUCCUUUUAACUCCAUGGAAACAAGAAAUAUUUAGCGUUUACUUUAAUGUGCCACUUCGAUUAAAUUGUCAUCUACUUAAACAGGAUAUUCAUCAGAUCUACAGUGCUAAUUUUUAAGAAGCAGCCAUUGUGUUUGCUCCAUAAAGAUAGAAUGUUUAUCUUGAUACUAAUGUUGCACUUUUGCCUCUUUGCAUAUUUCUAUUUUAUGUGCAUUAUUACUGCUUCAUCUGACAAAAAAUAAACUUGAAAGUGUAAAGACUUACAUUACAAAAGAAAUAUAGAAUAAAAAACUCAAGCUCUUAGUUUCUGAAGCCAGUGCUUGCACGCAUACGAGUUUUACCUGGUCCACAAAUAUUAAGUUUGUAUUAUAAAUGUUUGUAUUCCGAAAAUAUGCUCACAAUUUCUGCAGUUAUAAUCACACAAGAAAACUCAAAGCAAUGCUAUGAUUAAAUGUCCCAAGUAAUGGAAGGUUUAUUUUUUUAUAUAGGAAAUUAACUGAAGAUACAACUGCCUCAGUUCAUUCAAGUAUAUUAAUCCAUUCAAACACCAUUUUUGUUUCUCUAAUACAGGGAAUACAUAUUUUAUCAUCUAGUGCAAUGCUAAUUAUAUAAAGCAUACAAAUCACAUUUUCAUGAAUAAAUGAUUUUAAAUACUUAAUUUUGCUAUUUUUGUUGUUUAAUUUGGUCAAGAAAUGAGACAUGUGAUGUAAAUAUGAAGUUUUAACUUUGAUCCAUGCCACACUGAAAACAGGAUGCUUGAUGCUAAAAAUAGACAACCACUGUACCUUCUAGCAGACGCACAACUAAGUCUAUGGCCAUCACCCAAAGAAACUAUUUAUGCAUUCAUAGGGAUUAGGCUGAGGUGGGAGGGCUUUCCUGCACAGCAAUUAUCUAUGUCCAAGUUUCAAGAGUAGCUUGUAAUAUGGCUGGUGUGACGAAAGCAGCUGUGCUUUCUUUGAACAUGGGGAUAUUGGCACUGGAUAUCUACAUUCUUUUAAAAACUGGGUUAACAGCUGUAGCUUCCAUUAAGUAACCCUCAAAAUUGCAAUACAAGUUGGUGUGAGGAUAAUUUUUAAUUGGUGUUUUAUAGUAACUUCACAGAACUACAAUUCCCAGAAUUCCUUUGAUGAAGACUAUUACAUUUUAGAACUGGCUUGACUUUAUAACAUUAAUAUACAGUCUGAUGGCAGCAUAUUGUAAUGCAGAAAUAUUAUGGUGGUUCUGUGUGGUAUAGGAAAAAGGAUAUUGUCAACAUUAACUCAAAAUUCAUGUGUAAAUGAGCAAGAGCUGUGAAGCUGGAGAGGUAUGAAUGACUUUUAAUAAUCUGGUUGUCUUGACUAAAGGUUAAGUACACUUUUUCUCUCCCUUGCAGAAACCCUUUCCCUUCAACGAUGUUAUGAGCCUUUUCUCCUAGCCAAAAAAUAACAGUUCCAGUCAUUCACUUUUGUAACCUCUCCUUUGCAUGAUUUAACACAUGCAAAGAAGAGGAUAUAAAAGUGAAUGAUUUUCGCAAUGCUUAAUUUGUAAAAUGAAAAUAUUCAAGAUUCAGGAGAUUAUUGAAAAUGUGUGUAAGCAUUUGGGGGAAAGUUAUAUAUAAAUUCUUAAUAUUACAAUUGUGGACUUGGUAAUGGGCUUGAAAUACACAAAUAAAUGCUGAUGUCCCAUUGACCAUAAUGGCACCUAUUGCAACUGACUUGCUGGAUUUCUUUUAAUUAGGUUAAGUACAUGCAACUGGCUGCAAGCUUGUUUCUUUAAUAGUUGAGAGUCAGUUCUAAAGUGAAUUUUUGGGAAAUGUUGAAUCUGGUUAGCAGAAAAUUAAGGAUGUUUGGAGUGAAUUUCCUUCAGGAGUUGCAAUGUUCUGUCUGUAUUACCAGUUGCGUGUGUGUGCGCAUGCAUGCAUGUACUGGAAGACCAUGGUUCAUCAAAUUAAAAACUCUUUCUUCCAAGUUAAACAUGCUUGAUCUUGAACAGCAAAGCAGUUUCAUGUGUAUAUAGUAAUAUUAAUGGGAAAUAGGUCUUCAGUAGAUACACUAGUUUGCUAAGAGAGAGUAGACCCUGUACAAUCAGAGAAGAAAACAUAUAAUUAAAAAUGAAGUGCAUUUUAGAAAUUGCUGGAAUUAAAGCAUACUGCUGGCUUUCUAUUUAGAUCUAAAAGUAUUUUAUGGUACAUGAUGUACCCUGAUUACAUUACUGUUCAAUUGUUUUCUCUGGACUUCAUUGUAUUUUUAAAAACUUACUGUAGUUGUUCCACAAUUGCAAAAUGUUUUGCUCAUUUAAUUUAACUUUUGAAUGUUUGUUGCUUACCACUACCCAGAUAUAAAAGUAACAAAAUUUCUGUUUUUUUUUUUUUAAAGAAUAGAGGAUGAUCCUUUACCUGAAUAUUGCAUUUCUCUUGUAGCUUUAAAGAUUCUACACAGUUGAAAUGACCUGUUAUAGGGGAUAACAUUUAGGAUUUGCUGUGUUAUGGUCCAGACAGGGUUUCUAUUCUAUGCUUUACUAAAGACCACAAAAGAAAACAAUGCUAUAGAAAGGGUAUAUUUUCCAAGACCAAAAUGACUGGCUUUUUCUUCUGGAGAGAUAAAUUGGGAAAUAACAGUCUAGUGGAGGGCUUUGAUGACUGCUCCACUACAUGUACAUUCAGCUCAGCUGAGUUUUCUAUAAGUCCAAUUUGUGUGAAUCAUCCCAGAGUCCCACUGAAUCUAGUGGAACUCCGUUACAUGUAUGCUUGGGAUCUUAAUCUAAGCUACCUUUUCUUUUAAUCAUUUCUACUUGCUGGAUGUUAGUCAGAAUUGGCAGCCUCAGUACAGGAAUUGUCGUUAUACUCCAGCAAAAGCCGUUCAACAUUUUCUAAUGAAUACCCCAUAGCACCUAAAAUUUGAAGGUGUUGCAUUUCAAAUUCCUUAAGGCACCAUUCCUACUUUGCCCCUAUGAUUAUAAUAAAAUUAAAAGACUUUAUGGUGAUUGAUAUUUUUAGAUUUUAUUUUAAUGAGGAUUAUUGCCAGGAAGAGAAAUAGUGCACUUUUGGAAGAAAUUGAUUUAAAAAAAUAUGUAUAAAUAAGCAUUAGUACUGUAUAUAUUUAGGAAACCUUUUAAACAGCAAGUGCUUUACAUAUUGAAUUAAAUUAGAAUAGCAAUGAUACCAUGUUCACAAUGCUGGCUGUUCAGCACAUUUGGAUUUUAUUUGUGAUUGCUGUACUAAUUUGUUUUUUAUUUGUAAUGUAACAAUAGUGUAUUAUAACAGUGUACUAUAUUACACUUUACUGUACAGUAUUUGGAAUUUUCUUUGAUUGCAAUAUUAAAAAUAUAAGCUAAACAA